AUGGAUCUUGCCAACACUCUCAUUCGAAGCGUCGCUCGCGCCUUCUACGAGACUCGCCAUAUUCUGAUCGUCGAUGCGCUCUUUCUGCAUUCAGUCCUUCAUGCUGAAGAUCUUGCUUUUCUCAUGGGUAUGCAGCAGAAAGACCUGCGAAAGCUUUGCGCGCGCCUUCGGGAAGAUCGUCUCAUAGGAGUGAGCACACGCGCCGAGAUUCGCGAUGGUGCAACGCGUCCGGUGAAUCGAGAAUACUACUACAUUCCACUUCAUCCGGUCAUUGAUGCGAUCAAAUACAAGGUCUCCAGGCUGACCUCGACGAUCAAGGAGCAGUACACACCGAGCGAAGAGCGCAAGGAGUAUAUGUGUCCGCGUUGCUUGUCUGAAUGGACCGAACUGGAUGUUUUAAGUCUGGUCUCGGACGAAGGCUUUGAAUGUCAAAAUUGUGGGGCCGUCCUUGAGCGAACCGAGGAUAUCAAGGGCGAAGAGGGAAUUGAUCGCACUGGCCAUGAGAAGAACAGCAAGCUCAUGGCCCAAUUGGACAAGAUGCUCAAGCUUUUGAAGCAGAUUGACUCAGUGGAGAUUCCGCCCAACGACUUUGAUACCGCCUGGGACCACAAAGUCGAGGUCCCACGCAACCAGAGCACCCACCCCGUUCGCACAGCCGUUCCUGUGCCACCGAAGGCUCAGGAUGUGGUUCGUGGCCAUCUUAAGACUGAUGCUGCAGCCUUGGAAAUCUCUCUCACGUCGAGUGAAGAGAAGAGUGCGGCCGAACAAGCAGAAGAGGCUGCGCGCAAAGCUGCGGUCGAGAAGCAGAACGCUUUGCCCGUCUGGCACACUCACUCCACUGUUGAUGCCACUGCUCCGACUCAAGUGAAGACCGAAGCAGGCAUUUCGAUCAAGCCCGAGCUCGAUGAGGACGAGCAUAAGCCCAGUUUGGAGGCUGAGGAUGACAAGAUCGCAGCCUACUACGCUGAGAUGGAACGAGAGAAGGCUCUUCAAGCGCAAGAGGAUGCCAGCAGUGCGGAAGACUCUGACGAUUUCGAUGAUGAGUUUGAAGAUGUCGGCGUCUCUGGUGCCAGUGGUCCAGGCACCCCAGCCACUGGGCUUGGCCCGACCAGUGCACCAACGCCCUCUGGGGUUUCUGGUGUCAAACGUGAAUUCGACACCUCCAGCGCUGCCCCGUCUUCUGUUGGCACUCCUUCUACUCCCGCCGACGAUGGUCCUGCGAUGAAAAGAAUCAAGGUUGAAUCAGGUGUCAGCGCUGAGCCUUUGAUUAAACCCGAUCCAGAUGGGAAGACCGAGCCAGAAGUGAAGGAUGAAGAGUCUGACGAGGACGAUGAAGAAUUUGAAGAUGUUUGA